CACCCCCCUCCCCUGCCCCCCACUUUCACGUCCAGGCACCGCCACCGCUGUUCGCAUGCAAAAAAAAAUGAGCGCUGACGUCACGCGGCGUCGUUCCUCCGGACGGAGGAGCGAGGUUGAUUUUUUUUUGCGUUCCCCUCCCCUCUCCUCUCUCUCUCCUCGCUCCGCUGGCUUUUUUUUGCUUCCUUCGGAGGAGCACAGUCGGGCUGGGGCUAAUUUCUUUCCACCAACCCACCCACCCACCCCCGUCUCGUUUGCCCGCCGUUCAACCCGGCCUUCUUUGUGCGUUCCCCCUCCUUUACUCGCUCUCUCCUCUCUCUCCUCGUGGCUCUGUUAAUAACUAAAAAAUAUAUAUUAUACGGUUGCUUGCUUGGUGGUUUGGUGGUCCGCGAGUGGGCUGGAGAGAUUCGUCGCUUCCAAAACUGUUGUGGGGUGAUGUGUGCGGAGUUCUGCUUCUUCUUGUCGGCCCUGCGGAUGAUGCCGUGACGACGUCGUUGUUGUUGCCGUGUUAAUGGUAACUGCACAGCGGCAGUAGUGUAAGGGUUGUUUGUUUGUAUGUGUGUGUACGCUCGUUACUUUGUCCAGCAAUCAAGCCGUUCUUUGUUGUUGAGGAGGAGGAGGUGGUGGGUGGUGGUGGUGGGGGUGGUGGUUAAGCACGCGUGUUAGCUACGCGCGCCCUCUUGUCUCUCGCUUUCUCUCUCGCCUGUGUCGUGCGUGUUGUGUGCGUCGCUGUGGGUUGCUUGCCAUACUGAAGUUUCUCCCCUGUAAGAGAGAGAGAGAGCUAGAUAAAGGAUCGAAGAGGAGUGUUGUUACUACCAAGCGUAGCCGUGGUGCGGAGAGAGAGAAGAGAGGUUGUCGGCUCGGAUGGGGAGGUUUGCCAGCGACAUCAUUGGCGAGAGAGGCAGACGAGGCUGAGGUUUGGGAGAGGAGGAGGAAAAGUGCACAGGGGGGAAGAGACGAGAAGGAGAGAGAGAGAGGCAGAGGAGUUGUGGACGCGAACAUCGCCGCUCGCUCUGCGCUGAUUCUGUGAGCGCCAGACCCGCGGCCGUGCUGCUGCUGGUGGUGGUAGUGGUGGUGGUUUUUGUUAUUUAUUUGUUGGUGCUUGCCGUCGCGAACAUCGAAGCCGAAUACUGGAGUUAUCCCCUGCCGAGACGGAGCUGCUGGCGAUAGGCAGCAGCAGCAGCGCGACAUGUAUCCGCAGAGCAGACACGCUGCGCCACCCCAAGCCGGGCAGCCCUUCAAAUUUGCCAUCAAUGAGACUUGUGACCGCAUCAAGGAAGAGUUUCAGUUUUUACAGGCGCAGUAUCACAGUUUGAAGUUGGAAUGUGAGAAACUGGCCAGUGAGAAAACAGAGAUGCAGCGGCAUUAUGUCAUGUAUUAUGAAAUGUCAUAUGGCCUGAACAUCGAAAUGCACAAACAAAUGGAGAUAGUGAAAAGGCUCAAUGCAAUCUGUGCCCAGAUCAUUCCGUUUCUGUCACCGGAGGUGAGUAUGGACCAAAAUGCCUCCCUGCUGACUGCAAGUUGGUGGGAGCACCAACAGCAGGUGAUCCAGGCUGUAGAGAGAGCUAAGCAGGUGACCAUGUCGGAGCUCAACGCUAUCAUCGGGGUACGUGCCCUUCCCAACCUGCCGCUGCAACAGCAGCUGCAGGCGCAGCACCUGGCGCACGCGCACGCACCGCCCGUGCCGCUGCCCCCGCACCCAUCCGGGCUGCAGCCGCCCGGCCUCCCGCCGGUGAGCGUGGGCAGCUCGGGCCUCCUGGCCCUGUCGGGGGCCCUGGCGCCACCUCCGCACAUCCCCAGCAAGGAGGACAAGAACCACCACCAGGACAACAACAACAACCACAGAGCAGACCGGGACCCAGGCCCAAGUAAGUCCGUGUCACCAGCUGGCAGCUUGAGAAGCAAUGAAAAAUUCAGAAAUUCGUCCGACUUUGCAAAUGAGAACAAAAAGAGGAAGAUGGAUGUGAAGGAGUCUAUGAAUCACUACGACAGCGACGCUGACAAGAGUGAUGACAACCUAGUCGUGGAUGUCUCAAAUGAGGACCCCACGUCCCCCCGGGGCAGCCCGGGCCACCUGCCCCGAGAGAACGGGCUCGAUCGGUCACACGGUCACGGCCCCCGGAAGGAGGCGCCCCCGCAGAGUCCAGCGUCGGUGGCGUCGUCCAGCAGCACUCCGUCCUCUCGCUCCAAGGACCACGCACAGAACGAGAAACCUCACACCCCAAUGUCCGCCUCAAGUACCCCAGCCUCCUCAAAUGACCUCCCUGUGCCUGGCACGAGCGGCUCGGCCAGCCUUAGGCCCAUCCCAGGAAAGCCUCACAGCAUGGACCCUCUGGGGGCCGGCUUCAGGAUGCCUUUGGCUGCGGCCGGCGGGCCGUUUGGCAACCCCUUUGGGAUGAUUCCACACCCUGGGCUGAACGGAGAGCUGGCCAGCCCCGGGGCGUACGCCAGCCUGCACGGCAUGUCCCCGCAGAUGAGCGCCAUGGCGGCCGCGGCCGCCGCCUACGGACGCUCGCCCAUGGUUGGCUUUGAUCCACAUUCGCACAUGCGCGUGCCCGGCGUUCCCCCGUCUCUGCCCAACAGUAUUUCUGGUGGAAAGCCGGCGUACUCGUUCCACGUGAGCGCGGACGGGCAGAUGCAGCCCGUGCCGUUCCCUCCGGACGCCCUGAUGGGCCCAGGGAUCCCGCGUCACGCGCGGCAGAUCAGCACGCUGCCGCACGGCGAGGUGGUGUGCGCCGUCACCAUCAGCAACCCCACGCGCCACGUCUACACGGGGGGCAAGGGCUGCGUCAAGAUCUGGGACAUCGGGCAGCCGGGAACCAAGACGCCCGUUUCCCAGCUCGACUGCCUCAAUCGGGACAAUUACAUCCGGUCGUGCAAGCUGCUGCCGGACGGGCGCACGCUGAUCGUGGGCGGCGAGGCGAGCACCAUCUCCAUCUGGGACCUGGCGGCUCCGACCCCGCGCAUCAAGGCGGAGCUCACGUCGUCGGCGCCCGCGUGCUACGCGCUCGCCAUCAGUCCCGACUCCAAGGUGUGCUUCUCCUGCUGCAGCGACGGCAACAUCGCCGUGUGGGACCUGCACAACCAGACGCUCGUCAGGCAGUUCCAGGGACACACGGACGGCGCGAGCUGCAUCGACAUUUCCCACGAUGGCACGAAGCUGUGGACGGGAGGCCUGGACAACACCGUGAGGUCGUGGGACCUGCGGGAGGGCAGGCAGCUGCAGCAGCACGACUUCACCUCGCAGAUCUUCUCGCUGGGCUACUGCCCGACGGGGGAGUGGCUGGCCGUGGGCAUGGAGAGCAGCAACGUGGAGGUGCUGCACCACAGCAAGCCCGACAAGUACCAGCUGCACCUGCACGAGAGCUGCGUCCUCUCGCUCAAGUUCGCCCACUGCGGCAAAUGGUUUGUGAGCACCGGUAAAGAUUACCUGCUGAAUGCCUGGAGAACACCCUACGGGGCAAGCAUAUUCCAGUCCAAGGAGACAUCGUCCGUUCUGAGCUGUGACAUCUCGGUGGAUGACAAGUACAUAGUCACUGGUUCCGGGGACAAGAAGGCUACCCUGUACGAAGUCAUUUAUUGAAUCGCGCGUGUACGUGACGACGUUUUUUGGAAAACGCGGAGUGUGUGUGAGCGCGCGCACGUAUGCACGUGCGUAUACAAAUUGCCUUUGUGAAAUCUGAGCCUCUGAAUCAACAACGGUGCACAUAUCUCAGCGGAGGGCGGCGGCGGCGGCGGUGGGCGCGGGCAGGAAUUGCUGUUGGGUGAAUUCGUUUAAGAAACUACACAAGCCGAUGGACACGUUUUGAGCCGAAAUGAAAGAGAUGACGCCGCGCGGGUGUUUUAUAGCGAAAAAAUCACUCGAGGGUGGUCUACUGCAGUGGUCAAGCAGCCCCCCUGCCGAAAGAGCAGUAAAACGUCUCUCGUUUUUAUAUAACUGUCAAACUAUGCUCUCUUACUUAUGAUGUUGCACUGAACAAACAGUCUCUAAAUGUUACCGACUUUCUCGUGAAUUGGUAAACCUGUCUUGGUGGGGGGGGGGGGAACAAAAGCAGCCGUCGGGCGCCCGUAGGUUCACUAACUUGUAAAAUCAAGAGUGUGUGUCGUGUCGUAUUUUAUGGAUUGCUUUUGUGUAUAAAAUGUAAAUAUUGAAUAAAUCUUGAUCUUGA